AAAAAAAUGAAAAAUAUAUAGCUUUUCACAUGCGAGCACGACAUGACAGCGCAACGGCCCAAUAUUAAAAGUGGCUAGUUUUAUGGACUGGGGAGUGGUGAUUGGUGAAUGAAUUAACAAUUCUGGAUACAGUACUACUCUAUUCAAGAUCUCCCAGCGUUGACCAGACCUGAAACACAGUGCUUUCUAUGCUACCAGCAUUUUCUAUUUUAUUGUGGCAGAAUAUCAUCCUUUGGUAGCAGAGCUCCAUUGAUAAUUUCUUCAUGGUGAUCAUGACAUGCACUAGUCUUUCCUUACCUGCUGCACCAAACUUUUCCGGCGACAGGUAUGAUUUCUGGGCAAUUAAAAUGAAACGCUUCCUAGUGCUAAGUGACUUAUGGGAAAUUGUGGAGAAUGGUUUUGAAGUUCCAGCAGCAAACGCACAAUUGAGCACGGCGCAACAACAAACUUUGAGAGAAAAUUACUCUAAAGAUGCAAAGGCUCUCUUCACCAUCCAAUCUGUACUUUCAGAUGAAAUUUUUCCCUGCAUUAAGGAUGCUACUACAGCCAAGGAAGCUUGGGAAAAAUUGCAGCAUCAUUAUGGAACAAAGAAAGUGGUGGAGGAUUACGAUCCACGGUAUGCACCAUUAUAUGAGGCAUUGCGCACUGGUAAUUGGGAUGCAACUCUGAAAUUUAUUCAGAACCAUCCGCAACCGGCGGAAGCAGUGAAGGCGAAAAUUUCGCACGAGGGGAAGAGACCUCUUCACGUGGCAGCUCUAUUCGGGCACCACCACAUCCUGGAGAGGUUGUUGCCGUUAAUGUCAACGGAGGAUGUUAAACUGACAGACAAUCACGGCUUCACGGCUCUUCAUGAAGCUACUUACGGUAGAGACGUGAGAGUGGCACAAUGCCUUGUCCAACGCAACAGGGAAUUGCUUACAAUUCCUUCAAACGAUCAUUGGAUUCCUCUCACACGUGCUCUUAGCGUUGGUAACAAGGAAACUGCUGCCUACCUUUUUCGCGAAACUCCAGCGGAAGAAUUAGCACCUGAAAAGGGAAUCAAUGGGGUUAGCGUUCUCAGCAUGUGUUUUUCCUCUCAGAUAUUAUUAGAUGAGGCUCUAAAGUUACUGCGUAAUUACCCAAAGUUAGUAACAGCAGGGGAUGGUGGGUCAACAUUUUUGGAAGCUUUGGCAAGUGUACCUUCUGCAUUCCCUAGUGGGCGUCAACUCACAUUCUGGGAAAGAUGGAUCUUGAGAAGAAGACGAAAUAUAUACAAAGUUGAUGAAUCAAACGUAACCUACAAGCACACUCGUGAGCUUCUACAGAUUGCAUGUGAACAACUAUCUGAAUUAAGAAAAGAAGAGCUUGAAAAAAGUCGAGCACGUCUGGCACUAAUUCAAGCCGCCAAAAUGGGGAUCCCAGAGUUUAUCAAGGAAGUGAUAAAGAAGCACCCACACGUUUUCUGGGCAGGUGAAAAUCCGAGAAAUGCUAUAUUUGUCGGUGUUGAAUAUCGCCAAGUGAGUGUUUUUGAUCUUAUUCACGGUAUGGUUUGGAAAAAUGCACUUGCUGAAAUGACGGACAGGAAUAGCAACACUCUGCUUCACAUGGCAGGAAUGUUAGCUCCGAGCGCACAGCUUCAUGAUAUCUCUGGUGCCGCUUUACAAAUGCAAAGGGAAUUACAGUGGUUCAAGGAAGUGGAGAGUAUCACACCAGCUUCAAGGAAGGAGUCUUUAAACAAUGACAAAAAAACUGCUCGACAAUUGUUCACGGAAGAACACAAGGAUUUGGGGAAACAAGGUGAGAAAUGGAUGAAAGGAACAGCCACUUAUUUUAGUCUUGUAGCAGCUCUUGUAGCCACGGUGGUUUUUGCUGCCGCUUUUACGGUUCCAGGUGGUAAUGACCAGAUCACAGGUUACCCUAUUUUCUCAAAGAAGAAGGCAUUUUUGGUGUUUAUAUUCUCGGAUGCAGUCUCACUCUUUUCUUCUGCAACCUCCAUAUUAAUGUUCUUAGGCAUUCUCACUUCUCGUUAUGCUGAAGAUGAUUUUCUCACGGCAUUACCUUUGAAGCUUAUCGUAGGCCUUAUGACUUUAUUUAUCUCUAUGGCGUCGAUGUUGGUAGCAUUUUCUGCAGCUCUCUUUGUUAUGCUUCAUGGGAAACUAUGGAUUGUUAUACCUGUAAGUUGUCUUGCUUUUGUUCCAAUUCUUUCCUUCCUUUGGUUGCAGUGUCCACUUUUUCUUGAGAUCACAGUGUCAACCUUUGGGCCAAGCAUCUUUGAUAGGAAUGCUGAUAAGCAUUGGCUCACUCAAUAAUUCACUUGCAAUGUGUUUUUGUAUGUAUAAGGUCUGUAAUCUUUGGUAAAUAAUAGUUGAGAAAUGUCAGAGUGCCAUCAUAAUUUA